AUGACGGAUCAGGAUUCCAUUAGUAGAAUUAUUACUGUUACCAGGCCGGCACCUGCUUCACCGCGACCUCCAGAGAAUAACGGUGAUGUGCCUCAUGUUACAACGGAUUGCAAGAGUCAAAACAAUACCGGUGAAAAUACAGUUGACGUGAACAGAACUUUUACAGAAAAUGAAAUGCGGCGUCAUGAAACUGGUGUAAUUUCACAUCCUUUUUGGUUUGUAAACAAUAAUAUGCCUCCUUCCUAUUGGGACUACGAGAGGACGACGAUUGAGUACAGCAGUGGGGAGCCGUAUGAAUUAAUUCAAAAAAUUGGACGUGGUAAAUACUCGGAGGUUUUUCGGUGUCGUAACCGAACUAAUGGGGAGUUAUGCGUCUUGAAAAUCCUCAAACCUGUUCGGUUGAAGAAAAUACACCGUGAGAUCAGUAUAUUGCAGAACUUAUGCGGUGGCCCAAAUGUACUUCGCCUGCUAGAUGUUGUCUCUAUUUCACCAGAGGGGACACCGGUGCUUGUGACGGAGAAUUUGGAGCCCGCAGAGAGUUUCCGUAGCCUUAUGAAUUCCGGUAGCUUGAGUAAUUUUGAUAUGCGUUAUUACAUGUACGAAGUACUUCGUUGCCUGCAUUUUGCACAUAGCCAUGGUAUUUUUCACCGUGACAUUAAACCACAUAACAUUAUUAUUGAUCAUCAGCGUCGUAAAUUACGUAUUGCAGAUUGGGGUUUAGGUGAAUAUUACAUUCAUGGACAGGCUUAUAAUGUUUGUGUUGGUACACGAAACUUUAAGGCACCAGAAUUACUUCUUGGUUUACGAUUAUAUGAUUAUUCAUUAGACAUUUGGAGUGUAGGAUGUAUUUUGGCUGAGAUGUUAUUUCGUAUUUUUCCUUUUUUUCGUGGUCAAAAUAAUGAAGAUCAACUUUACCGUAUAUUAGAAGUUAUUGGCACAGAAGAUCUUACGCGGUAUGCUCGCAAGUAUGAUAUUUCUUUACCUCGGUUUUUGUUUGGAAGUGGUGGAUUUUUUAAACGGAUGAAAAAACCAUGGUACGUUUUUAUAAAUGAUCAAUGUGAAUCAUGGUGUGAUGUACAUGCGUUAGAUUUGCUGGAUAAGAUGCUUCGACUGGACCAUCAAGAGCGUAUAUUAGCCUGGGAUGCGAUGCAGCACCCGUUCUUUGACCCUAUACGCAGCGCCCUCCGCGAAGAUCCACAGGAACAAUACCCGCACCUUCCGUACUGA